UCGUAAACCGGUGAGAAGGAAGGAGAAAUUUUGAAGAUAUUAUUUGUUUGAAUUUGGAUUAAAUAUAGAGUUUCUUGGUAGAAUUCUGCUUGUAUACGACUUAAGUUUGUUUCUUAUUGGAGACAACACCAUUGUCGUCUCUGACUAUCUAAUAUGUUUGUACUUUUUGACGGUCUAAAUUUUUGUCAUGGAUAUUCGUGACCUUUUUAUUAGUAGACAUUUUUUUCAAAGAAUUUAAGUGUUUUUGACAAUUCGUUUGGGAUAUUCAUCUCUUACAUUAAUGACAUAUGCUUUGAUGUUACUGGACUGUUCAACUAAACGAGAAUUAUGAGUUUUGGCAGCGAUGAAGUGAAUUUCCUGGUGUAUAGAUAUUUGCAGGAGUCUGGCUUUGUGCACUCGGCGUAUACAUUUGGUAUCGAGUCUCACAUCAGUCAGUCAAACAUCAAUGGUGCGCUGGUCCCACCAGCUGCACUAUUAAGCAUCAUUCAGAAGGGCCUGCAGUACACAGAGGCGGAGAUAAGUAUUGGAGAGGAUGGAACAGAACGGCCGAUCGAGUCUCUGUCAUUGAUUGAUGCUGUGUUGCCGGACACAGUAGAGCAGCGGAAGCAGGCCCAGACGAAGACCGCCCAGGUCAAGACAGAGCCAGCAAACACAAAUGGCGAGGAGACCACGACUACAACAGCCAAUCAUACUGGAGAGCGUAUGGAAGUUGAUGGAGGGGUGGAGAUACCGAGUAGCAAGGCCACGGUACUACGGGGGCACGAGUCGGAGGUGUUCAUUUGUGCAUGGAAUCCCGUCAAUGAUCUCCUGGCGUCUGGGUCUGGCGACUCAACAGCUCGUAUCUGGAAUAUGAACGAUACAACGGGAAGCGCGAACCAGCUCGUGUUGCGACACUGCAUUCAGAAGGGUGGCACGGAGGUUCCCAGCAAUAAAGACGUCACCUCCCUCGACUGGAAUUUUGACGGCACAUUUCUUGCUACGGGAUCAUAUGAUGGCUAUGCCAGGUUAUGGAGUACAGAUGGUCAGCUUAUAAAUACACUAGGUCAACACAAGGGUCCCAUAUUUGCAUUAAAGUGGAAUAAACGUGGAAACUUUAUACUUAGUGCUGGGGUAGAUAAGACCACUAUUAUAUGGGAUGCCAGUUCAGGCCGAUGUCAUCAACAGUUCUCAUUUCAUUCAGCUCCGGCCCUAGAUGUAGACUGGCAGACGAACGAGAGUUUUGCAUCGUGUUCCACGGAUCAGUGCAUCCAAGUCAACAGACUCGGCUGUGACCGACCUAUCAAAACAUUCCAGGGACAUACAAAUGAGGUGAAUGCCAUUAAAUGGGACCCUCAGGGAAAUCUACUAGCUUCCUGCUCCGAUGACAUGACAUUGAAGAUCUGGAGUAUGAAACAGGACACAUGUGUACAUGAUCUGCAGGCUCACAGCAAGGAAAUAUACACGAUUAAGUGGUCCCCCACUGGCGCAGGGACAGACAACCCUAACGCUCCACUAAUACUUGCUAGUGCGUCCUUUGACUCGACAGUGCGUCUAUGGGAGGUAGAACGUGGCACAUGUUUACACACGCUCACAAAGCACCAGGAGCCGGUAUAUAGUGUCGCUUUUUCACCUGACGGAAAGUACCUGGCUAGCGGGUCCUUCGACAAGUGUGUUCAUAUAUGGAAUGUCAGCUCAGGUGCGUUGGUGCACAGUUACCGAGGGACUGGCGGAAUAUUUGAAGUCUGCUGGAACCAUCGAGGGGACAAAGUAGGGGCCAGUGCCUCGGACGGCUCGGUUUUUGUGCUGGAUCUAAGAAAAUGAAUUGUUUCUUCCAAGAUGGUGAAUGUUUGUGAACAUCCUAGAAAAACGGAUUGUAAGAAUAGUGUCGGUCGUGAAUGUGCCACUGUGUCACGCUUAUACUUUGAAAAAAAUAUAAGCGAAUGGAAAUGGUGGAUGAGUCAAGAAAAACUCCCGUCUGUGUAAGAUCUCUGGAUUUAUUGUGCCACAUUUAUGAAAUGGAUUAUGAAUUUUGUGAAAUGGUAUCAGUGAGGAAAAUGUUAAGUUUCCAUGUUAGUGUACCAUUUCUUCAAGAAUGUUGAAAUCUCGUCAGAAACUCCCGGAGGACAUACCAAGAACAGUUGUGUACAGCAUUAGGGUUUAGCAAGGCAGUUGUGUGCUUUUAAUCUGGUUGGCUUUAAUGAUGUAUUACUGUAAUAUUGUUGUAAUAUGACUAACAGUACUGUUGCUUGGGAGAAUGAGUAAGUUAACAUGGAUUUAACAAUGCAGCAACAUCAGUUUAAUGUUAAUGUGACAGCAACAUCAAAGUCAGCAUGAUUACAGAAACAUCAAUAUUACAUUUAAGUAUCAUCAGUUUUAUGUUAUAAUAAAUGCAAAGUCGAUAGUUACAUGCUAAUAGCACCAGCAAUAUAACAUUGCAGUAAAAUCAGUUCAAUGCAUUUAUAACAGCAAUAUCAAGUUCAACAUGAUGGCAAAGACAUCAAUAUAACUUGCAGUAACAUCCUUUCAAUGUUGCCAUGACCGCAGCGUUGAUGUCAACAUGAUGAUAGCAACAUCAAUACAACAUGAUGACAUUGCGGUAACAUCAGUUCAAUGUUAUAAAGACUGCAACAUCAAUGUAAUGGUGACUGCAACAUCCAUGUAACAUUAUGACAGUGUACUAACAUCAGUUUAAUGUUAUAAAGACUGCAACAUCAAUGUUAUGGUGACUGCAACAUCAAUGUAACAUUAUGACAUAUUACUAACAUCAGUUUAAUGUUAUAAAGAUGUUAUAAGGACAGCAACAUCAAUGUCUCGGUGACUGCGACAUCCAUAUAAGAUUGCAUUAACAUGAAUGCCUACAUUUGCAGCAACAUCAAUAGUAACAUAAGAAUUGUCAUUAAGCACCCAAAAUCGAAGACACCAUUCAGCAAAUUUAAAGAGGACAUAGUCUGGCAGUGGAUGCAACAUCAGUGAUUUGUUGAAUUUGUCCAUUGCCGGUGUUGUUACAGAUUUAUUAAGAGGAAACAAAGCUUAUUGGUGCGGUAUAGAAGUCCUUUGAUAAAUAUUUAUACGAAUUUGAACUUAUAUAUGACACUAUUGUUUUGAGGAGUUAAAGUUAAAGCAUAGUUCUUUCAAGUGUUGUGUAUAUAGAUAAAUGUAUGUGGCUGUAUUUUCAUGCUUGUACCAAAUAAGAAGACUAGGGCAGUAUGUCUGAGGGAUGAAUGAAAUUCCACGGCUUUUUAUAUCUGCUGAGGCUAAAUUUUUUUAAAAUCUUAAUUGUUAUGGGGCCUAACAAAAAAUACAAUUGGUUCGGGUUACCCGACCCUACCUACAGAAUAGGCGCCGACCCUACCAUUUUUAUAGUCAGUUUGAAAAAAAAAAAUGAAAAACUUAAUUUUUUUUUAAUUUUUUUUGCUUUUCAAUAUGUUGUUUAAAACCUUAAAUGCUUAUAUAGAAGAGAACUUUAACACCAAUCUCCAAUGAUGAAAAUGACAUUCUAAUAUAAAGCCUAAUAAAAAAAAAAAAUAAAAAAAAAAAAAAAAAAAAAAAGAAGCCUACCUACCCUACCUAUUUUUGAAAAGGAUGUAACCCUAACCAAACAAUUAUUUUUUUUUAGGCCUGGGUUAAAACCCUUUAAACUUUUAAGGUUAACUCUAUCUGAUCCUGAUUUCACAAAACAGAAUUAAGUUUGUUAUUGGAAAUAAUUUUGGUAACUUCAUGUCACAGACGUGAACAAGUUUUAAAAGUAAGAUAUUGAGAAGUAGUUGUAAACACAAAAAAUAUUUGGAACAAAAAAUAGUUGGAUUGACUUACUUGAUAUCAUAACUGAUCAGAGAUGCAGCUAUAACAGAUUUUUUGAGGUUGUUUAAAGGCAUCUGCUGUUAUUCCUACAUUUUUGUGGUGGUUAAGACCAUUUGCAAUUUCUUUUACUAUAUUAUAGACUUAUUUUCAUAUUAAGGCCAACAAAAACAAAAUGGUUUGGUUAGGGUGACAUCCUUUUCCAAAGUUUGUAGGAUAGUUAGGCGCCUUGUUUGUUGUUUUAAUUCACUUUAUAUAAAAACGUAAUUGUCAUUAUUGGAGGUGAUAACCUGAUCUUCUGUAUAAAGCUUCAAAGGUUUUAAACUACCGGUACAUAUUAAAACAAACUUUUUUUACCAUCUGACUAUAAAAACUAGGGUCAGCGCCUAUUUCGUAGGAUGGGUCAGGUAACCUGAACCAAAUGUAUUUUUUAGGCCUAAACAGUGGACAAUUUAGCACAAGCAUGCGCUUGUGGAAUGUUAGCUUGAAUUGCUCAAAAUGUGACUUUUAUGAAAACAGGGCUAAUUGUUGUUUUUUAUAGAAAACUAGUAUAAAAAGUUGGGCUUGUGAUUUUUCCAAAAUGUAACUUUUAAUGACCCCUGAUUUGGUGCAAUAGUUUUUGUUACCAAAAACAAUAACAUGUACUGCUGUAAAAUUCAACAAACACUAAGCCAAUUAUUCAGAACUUAUCAAAGUUAACAACCGGAUUAAUAACAUCUUUGUUAUCUUUUAAAUGUAAAUUAUAUGUUCAUAUAUACAGUGAAACUGCGUUCCCUCAAACAAGCCGUCGUUCGAGAACCGGCGUUCCCUCGAGGUCGGAGCUUGGUCCCGAACUUUUUUCCUUCUAUUUUCAUAUAAAAUAUACCCACGCUGCAUCGAAACCUAAUUAUGUCGAGCAGUCGAGCAAUAUCCUCGGUCCCAAGUACACAAAUCGUGCACAAAACCUUAUGGCUCCCUCGAGGACAUAAUUUCACACUUUUUCCCGAACGCGUGUUCCAAAAUAAAUAAACAAUUGCUAGGUGUUAACAUUUUCGCAAGUUGUAAAAAUUGCAAUGACAGUUGAAAGGCAAUUUGAUAAGGUGUGAAAAACCGUUUUUCACUGUUAACGCAUGACCGAUAUUUGUUGAUAUGGGCAUUUGAGAUGAUAAUUAGGAGAAGUUACGAGAAGUUAACGCUUUAGAUGUGGUCAGAAGGUUCUUUGAAUUCACUGCCGAUGCUGACCGUGAUCUUCAGACGCUCUGUACGCUGUCACGUCACAUUACGAUUGAACAGUUUCGCGAAACCGACAAGAUGCGACAAUCAACAAUCCUUGAUUUUGCGAAACUUAAAUCUGACUAAUGCCACAAUGUGUACUGUCAUUCAAAUGUUGCUUGUUACGAAAAUGUGCUUUUUUGUUAAAAUAAACAUUUCUAUUUAUUCAUUUAUUGUUUUUUCUUUUGCGUUUUACAUUUAGUUUACGUCAACCUUUGAACAUAUUAGCGAUUUCCACAACGAAACACAUAAUCGGUGUCUUAGUAAACAGUCUGUUUGACGACUUCAAACUUAAAAUACACUGAAAGAUAUUUCAGAUCAAACUGGAAAAAUUGAAAAUCGGGUCGUUCGAAACAUCGGUUCCCUCGAGGUUUUGGCUCGGUCCCUGGCGACCUCGAGCGAUCGCAGUUUUACUGUAUUUAAAUAAAUAGGUACAGCUGUAACAGUUGUCUCAAAUCUUGAUAAAAAAAAUGCAGAUCCUAAGCAUUAACAUUAUACUUCUAGAGCAGAACAGAAUUGAAAGUUAACAACGAUGAUGUUAACAAUGUUAUUAGCUUUAACAAAGUCUUCAACAAUCAGCCUUAAUUAGUGAUGGAUGUGUGCAAAUUGAUUAUUUAUAUCAACCAACGAAAACAAUUCUUUAUUAAGUUAUAAUUCUUGACACUUGUAGUUUAAUAUAUUUUUAGUAAAGCUUUAAAUACAAAAACUGAUGUUGAAAAAAAGAAUUGGUAGACUUAUUUUAUAUAAUUAUUAAAUAUUCGUACGGGUUAGUGUUUUCUUUAUUUGCAAUUUAUCAAUGUUAAAAGCUGUAAAAAUUGAACCCUUCAUACUUAAAAGUGUGGCACAUUUAUUUGCCUGGAAUCCAGGCCUGAAAGUGAAAAACAAGUGCUUUUUCCAUUUGUUUGCAAAUGAGUGUUUAAAGGCAGCUAAAUUUCAGCUCAUCUGCUUUCUGAUGAAAAUAAAGUCGAGGUAUUGUCGUUGUCAUGGUGUUGUUGUCAGCUAGGGUUUUGGGAAUGUGAAGGUUAAUUUUGGUCAUAGCUCAUAAAACUGUUUAAGAUAUUAAAAUGAAACUUGGUACAUAUGUUGCCAAAUAUAUGUUGCAUAUGUAUAGCAGUGUCAAGGCCCAUAACUCUUGACUUAAGAAUUGUCAGAUUAUACCCCUUAUUUCACAUUAUGAAACAAUUAAACAGAUGGUCGUUGGCAUUCCCUCUGCGAAAUCUUGUUUUCUUGUUUUAGGCUGUAUUAUAAUGCCUUUGCUUUAUCACUAUAUAGUAUUAUCUAUAUAUAAUAAGCAGUUGUAAUUAAAUGUUGGGAAGUCACAGUCAUAGGGAAAAAAUCAUGAGAAUUGUAAUUUCUGACGGUCCAUAUUUCACAGCUGCUUCCUAAUGUUUCAGCCAAGAAAUAAAAAAAAAUAUACCAGUUAUAAGGACCUGUUUUUAAUACAGGUAGAAGUAGUAUUGGAAAUGAAUAAAAAAUAAUUGACUUCUUAUUUUAAAAAUAUUUUUUUUGGUAAUAAGUUUCAAUUGUUAUUUCAACACCACUGACUGACCAUAAAUGACCGGUACCAUGUGUUUUAAAGGAACACAACUCUAUGUUAGGUGUUGUAUCAGUGACUGAUUUACAACAGCUAAAAAAUGUCAUUAAAGGGACACAACUCUAUGUAAGGUGUUGUAUCAGUGACCGAUUAAAGCUGCACUCUCACAGAUAUACCAUUUUUACAACUUUUUUAUUUUUUGACUUGGAAAGUGCAAUUUUUUGCGUGAAUAUCUGCAAACCAAUGAUAUUAGAUUGCUGACAAAAAAUCAGAACGUAGAUUUUCUUAUUUCCGUUCGAAAACUAGUGUUUUAUGGCUUAAACCGUUACUAACGGUUUAAGAAAAAUGCAUUAAACAUUGAAUUUUGAACUUAAUUAUAAAAAUCUUCGAUCUAAUAUUUUGUAAGCCGUCUUAUUUAACUGGUUUCCAGGGAUUUUCGCAAAAAUUUGCUCCUUUUAAGACAACAAAUAAAAAAGUUGUCAAAACGUUUAAUAUGUGAGAGUGCAGCUUUAACAGCAGCUGAAAAAAGUCAUUAAAUGGGCACAAUAUAAGUUGACACAUUAUCAUGUUUAACACAUUCAACUUAAAUGAUAAAAAAAACAAAAAAAACAUGAAAUCAUUUCUGUAAAAUGAGUUAAACAUAUAAUGUAUUAAAAUCAAAAAAAAUAUUUAGGCAUUUACCUUUAAAAGCUCCAUCAAGGAUUUUUCUUCAUCAUUUUGUCAUUGUUAGUGGUUAUUAUUUCAUGUUUGUUGAUAAUGUGAAUGCUAUCAGGCGUUUGUUCCGCUCUGGAACAUGUCAUCUGAUUAUAUUGUCUGCUAGCAAAAACUGAAUAAAACAGUCUACAGAACAGUG